AUGAAGUGUCUGGGGGGGCUGGGGAAAGUGGGGGCCCCCCUGGGGCCGGGAGAAGGGUUGAGACAGGGGGACGCUUCUCUUCCUGCUGCAGGUGUUCACCGCCAGAUCCUGUUCGCUACCGUGGGAUGGUUUGUUGGCUAUUACCUUGCUAAACGUACGGAGUACGUACAUGCCAAGCUGGACAGAGACUUGUUUGAGUACAUCAGGCAGCACCCGGAAGACUUUAAGGCAGCAGAAAAGAGAAGAAUAGGGGAGCUUCUGGAGGAUUUCUACCCAGUUCGCUGA